AGCCUUGGCCGAGAAAAGAAUCCGCGGGGGACGGACGCGCGAAUUUUUCGCCGGAGCCAUGGAAUCCAUGGCCAACGGAGGCUACACAGAGCCGCCCGUGGAGGGUUCAAGCGGCAACAUCCUGGUCUUUCGCGGCUGGGGCGCCGACAAGCCGGGCAUCGCACAGGCCUUUUUGCGGAUCGUCGUGGAACAUCAGAGUGAGGUGCUCGACAUGGCGCAAUUCUUGCUGGGCGGCGGUUUGAUGUUCACCUUUGUCCUCAAGGUGGCAGACCAGAGCUCCAUCGGCCUCAUGAAGUCCUUGUCGACCUGCGCCAGGGAGCAAGGGCUCCAGCUGAGCUUCCAUUUCCCAGACGCCCACCAGGUCCCGGACACGGACGACGGCCCCGAGGCAAUAAUCUCGGUGGUGUCCCCCAGCGCAGUGACACCCGCCCUGAUCAUGGACAUCGAUAAGGUGCUGUACGGGCACGGCUGCGUGGUCCUGGAGAUCGAGCACCGCAGUGACAACAUGAAGGAGCACAAUGGGGACUACAACAAGGUUCAGAUUCGCGCGCGCUGCCCCUCCGGCCUCAGGCUCGCCUCGCUGGUUCUGGGCCCGCCAGAGGGCAAAGUGGAGGGCCUCCAGAAGGUGGGCUGGGAGCAUGGCGCAGAAGUGACCGCUCGAUGGUGGGAUGCCAUGAACAGGCCUAACGGCAAGUCCUUGAUGGUCUUCGGGCUCUCGCACGUGCUUUGCCCAGAGGAUGUCCUGGAUUUGGUGCUCAAAGAGGCCGGCAUCGACCCCAGCCAGGUCUCAGUCUCCGACUCAGGAAACGUAGCGGAAGAGAAGUUGGCGCUGCUGAGAGGGCACAGCACCUCCUUGCUGAAGAAGGUGAUGGAGCACCUGCCCUUCACUCCCGGGGCCAAGGUGGUGUGCUCUGCCAUGAAGCGCCUGGGCUGUCGCCUCGCGAUCCUCACAAACACAGGCAUGCGCGAGAUUGCUGAGUACUUCAAGCAGCAGCUGGGUGUUGACUACGUGAUCUGCCGCGACGUGGAAGAAAAGGAUGGCUGCUUCACCGGGAGGUACACCGGGGAGCUCCAGGACGUGAAGUUCCGCAAGGCAGACCUGCUGAAGCUCAUGGCCGACCGCGAAGGCAUCGACUGCCGCAACGUCAUUACCGUGGGUGAGCCGCUGAAGGGGCUCAAGGCUGCCAAUGCACGGCUGAUGCUGGAGUGCUUCGGGCCCAACGUCUAUUUCAACUCCACCAAGCUGCAGGACCUGACCAUCGUCCUCUACCUGCUGGGCUUCAGCGGCUCGGACGUGCGCGCGCUGCGGAAGCGGCGCUGGGACGACGGCCCCGGGGCCUUGGAGCCCAGCGGGUCCUCGGUGCCCAGCUCGCCACCCUCCAAGCGCUUCAUGGUGCAGGUGAGCGGGCUGAACCGCGUGGCGGGACAGUUGCAGUCCAUCUUCACGCCCUUGGCUUCUUUGCGCAGCGAUGUGCAGCUCACCACCAUCCGCCAGUGCUCCUUGCAGGACGGCGGCAUGUGCCUGGGACUGGACCUCACCGUGCUCAAGGAAAAGCCGGACAGCGUAGUCAAGGAUUUGGUCUACGCUUGCCAGAAGGAAGGCUUGACUAUCAUGGACGUGAACGACUCUGCCAAAGACUUCAACUGGCUCAGCCGCUAUCACAACAGAUAUGUGAUCACCCUGGUGCAGAAGCCCAACAUCAGCAGCAGCUCCCUGAGCGAGGUGCUGAGCACCAUCAGCGCGCAGGGCAUCAAUAUCAUCAAGAUCGAAAGACUCAGCGCGCGAGACAUCGCGUCGCUGCAGUUUACCGUCGGCUUGCCAGACAACCUCUCCUCUGAUGAUUUUGCCAAAAAGAUGGUGGAGGUCUCCAAAAACCACGGCGCCGACAUCGCCAUCCAGCGCGACGACUUGGAGCGCUGGAUGCGACGCUUGGUGGUCUUCGAUAUGGACAGCACCCUGAUCCAGCAGGAGGUGAUCGAUGAACUGGCCAAGCUGGCAGGCGUAGAGACCAAGGUCAAGGAGAUCACGGAGGCUGCGAUGCGCGGGGAGUUGGACUUCUUCGGAUCUCUCAAGUCCCGGGUGGCGCUGCUCAAAGGCCACAAUGCAGAGCAGCUCUUUGAGAAGGUCAAAGCAAACAUCGUCUUCACCCCAGGUGCGAAAAAGCUUUGCACCUGCCUCAAGCGCUUGGGAUUCAAAACGGCCGUCAUCUCUGGCGGCUUCCUGCCGGUGGCACAAGAGGUGCAGAGAUACCUGGGCUUGGACUACGCCUUUGCCAACACGCUGGAGGUGGAUGAGACCACAGGCUUGCUGACGGGGAAGACCUCUGGGCCUGUGGUAACGCCGCAGCGGAAGCGCCAGCUAUUGGCCACCAUCGCCAACGUGGAAGGCUGCGAGAUUCAGCAGACCAUCGCAGUGGGGGACGGAGCCAAUGACAUCCCCAUGCUCCAUGCUGCGGGCCUGGGCAUUGCAUUCUGCGCCAAGCCCAAGGUGCAGGAGGUGUCGCAGUUCAGGAUCAACCAAAUGGAUUUGAGCACAGUGCUCUUCCUCAUUGGCAUUUCAGAAAGAGCCAUGGACCGCUUGUCUGAAGAGGGGGUGCCACUGCAUCGCCAAUUCAGCUAAAGUUCAGAUCAGUCGGCCCAUUUUCGCCCUGGCGGCAAGCCUCAGUUUCAGCUGGCCUUAUCUCUUCCGCCCGUUUGUGACUCCGGUAGCAGAGGUAAGCUGCGUGUAAUUGCAAGAGUAUGCAAGGGAAUUGCACAGCUUCCGUUGCCAGCAUUCGGUUUCACAGAUACCUUCUUAGGGCAGGGGCUUGCCGCAGACACGCAAGAAGCAUGGCUUGGGGCCGGUCCAUGUGCAAAAUGGUUUGCAUUCACGGAAACCGGAACAAACCGGAGUCACAAUGCUACAAGGCUCAUUUCCCCACACAUGUGAGGAUGAUGUAUUUUGAGCACCAUGGGAUGUACAGAUCUCGCCGGAGUAUUAACAAACAAGACAAAGGACA